CACGGAGAGUCACUCUACCAGCACUGGACGAAUCUCCCCCUAGGACUUGAAAUUACCGUUCUUUAGCCGAGGUGCGCAACGUCGACUGGUCAAAGCCAUCAGCUGUUUUAUUGAAGGACAGCCAUUUAAUUUGGAAUAAAUAAGGAAAAUAGGAGAUUUUAGUUUUCCGCGAGUGAUGAAGGCAUCGCCUGUGGUCUGCGUGUGUUGCGUCACACUGCUUGCCCUGCCGCUUGUGUCUGUGGCUCUGACGGCGCGGACCGCGCAACGCAACAGGUUGAGUUUUCCAAGAAAGCUUUGGCAGGUAGAGGUGGAAGGCCGUAUUGCCAUGGAAACGGUUUCCAGGUCCUCUGUUACGGUGAGUGGCCUGGUGCGAGAGCGCCUUUUGGUCUGGAAGGGUCUCCUCAACAAAGAACCCCUACUGAGGCAUUCCUACACACUGUCUACCCCGACCAGCAGCCCCCGGCCAAGGCGACGGGGUCGUCGUCAUACUCUCAGAGGAACAUGGGGUCAUGGUCAGCUGAUGCGUGUGGGAUGUGUAUUAGGGACAUGCCAAGUACAAAACCUCAGCCAUCGCCUAUACCAGCUCAUUGGGCAGCCGGGAAAAGAAGACACCUCACCAAUCAAUCCGAGAAGUCCUCACAGCUAUGGAUAAGACCCCACACACCUUAUCUGCCAAGUACCCAGAAAACCCAGAUUUUGAUUGCAUGCAACAAGGUGGUAUGCUCGGCCCUAAGCCCCACAACCCAAGACAGGUUCAAAAGCACCAAAAUGUCUUACUAUCUGCUGCCUUUAUUUAGUGACUACUUUCCAUUAGCUUCUCUGUAAUACAUAUAUUAUACAGAUACAUAUCAUUCAUGAAUUCUCUCCUUCCCAGCCUGCCUCUCUGAGAAUAUUAUUAUUCAUCUUUGUCUGAGCUAUCCAAACCCAAUUUGAAUAAAUACACACAAUUUAACCAUUGCCAUUAAGGAGGAGGGAGCAGGUCCAUUUUUGGCUUUGUCAAGAAGCAAUACACACAAUGCUUCUGCUUAACCCCAAAAUUUUGGCCCAUUUAAAAAAAAUGUCAAAAGUUACAAUUCAAGACCAUGUCUGACCAUAUGUACAUGGCCAUAAGAUUUCCUUAAAAAUAUAUCACUCUCCUGAACACACACACAAAUACAGUCUCACUAGUGGAUCUAUAGUGGAAUCUUUGCUGUCUUCCUGUGCACACUAAUGAAAUAGGACACAUUUACCAUUCAAACAAGUGAAAGCACUUUAAGAGAAAGAUGUUUUCAUUAACCGCUUUAUGACUUGAAUAGAAAACAUUAUUUAAUUCUAAGUUAAGUAAAAGUUUGAAAUGUAAAUAUUUCAAAAACAUCUAAUAUUUGGAUGAUAUAUGUAGUUAUAUGUUCCUCCAACAUGUUAUACAUUAAUUAGCUGUCAUA